AUGUACUCCUGGUCCCCUCUCCACGCCCCCAGGGGUGCGCGGCUAUUCUUCAGACACCAAGUAUAUCUACGGAGAUACAUUUCCACAUCCUCGCCAAAAGCAUGCACUAUCAAGGCUUCUUCCUCACAUUCAGCUCCAGAAGCACCAACAGCUCCGGGAAGAAAACAGGCCGGCUCCCCCCCGCUAUCCCGCCUCCCAAACAAGCUCCUCCUCCGCUCACUCCUCCUAUCCAGCCUGAUGACAUCGAAGAUAUUUCUCCGUCCCUCACUAGCCCUCCUUGAUACGCUCGCAUCCUCCAAAUCCGCUUUCCUGAAUCCAGACAGAAACCCACUCCUGAACAGACUCGUCCGCUGGACACUGUAUAACCACUUCUGCCCGGGCACGAACCGAGCCGAGGUGGUGCGGACCGUCAACGAGAUCAAGAAGAUGGGGUACCAGGGCGUUAUACUGGGGUAUUCGAAAGAAGUCGUUCUCGACCAUAGCGAGACUACCCAGCAGGAUAUACAGACAGCAAAGGACUACCCACCGCAGUACUACGAGGUAAUCGAAGAGUGGAAACGAGGUACACUCGAGACCCUCCGCAUGGUUGGACCAGGGGACUUUCUCGCCUUGAAACUCACCGGUGCGGGUCCCAUCUCCCUAGAAGCCAUGCAAGCCCGCGGCCCCAUCCCAGCCGCCGUCUUAGAAGCCCUGGACGAAAUCUGCACCGAGACCGCAAAGCAGGGAUCCCGGCUAUGGCUGGACGCCGAGCAGCAGCUUCUCCAGCCGGGUCUGGAUAACUGGGCAAUUGAGCUGAUGCGCCGAUACAACACUCCUACUACCUCUAUGGGAGCGCCGCGAGCGCCGCUGGUUUAUAACACCAUCCAGGCGUACCUCAAAGGCUCGAGGGCGAAUGUGCAGCGGCAUCUUGAGGAAGCUGAGAAAGGGGGGUUUCUGCUUGGUGUAAAGUUAGUUCGGGGCGCAUAUAUCGAGCAUGAAGCGCGCGGGUUGAUUCAUGAUUCGAAGACGGAGACGGAUGACUCGUAUAAUGGGAUUGCGGAGAUGUUGAUAUGUCGGCGACGUCGUUCUGGUGGGAAGGAUGUGGAUGUGCCCGCUGCGGCGCUGUUUCUGGCUACGCAUAAUGCUGAGAGUGCGGAUAGGGCGAUCCAGCUAUAUCAAGGGCGGUUGGAUAGCGGGCUGCCUACUGUGAGUGUCCUGGAGUGUGGGCAGAUCAUGGGGAUGGCGGAUGAGUUGAGCUGUGAGUUGGUGCAGCGGUAUGAGACGGCGGCUCUAGAAGGGAGAGCAGGGGCCCCGAGGACAUUCAAGUGUAUGCAUUGGGGGACGGUGUCGGAGUGCAUGGAAUAUCUGCAUCGGAGGGCGAUUGAGAAUAGAGGUGCUGUUGAGCGGACGCAUCAUAUGAGGGCCGCUCUGGCGAGGGAGUUCCGGCGUAGAAUUGGACUCUAG